AAAUUACUCACAAGAGAAAUAUAAACGGCUCCUGCAAAACCCUAAACCCUCUUCCCCCCUCUCUCUAGAACUCCGUGUGCCUCUCUCUCUUACUCUCUCUCUAGAAAAUGGGGAUUUUCGAGCCAUUCAGAGCAAUUGGAUACAUAACAAGCACUGCCCCCUUCUCUAUUAACCGUUUGGGCACUGAAACUUUCGUCACCGUCAGCGUCGGCAAGGCUUGGCAGAUUUAUAAUUGUGCGAAGCUCACUCUGGUGCUUGUUGGCCCUCAACUACCAAAGAAAAUACGAGCUCUGGCUUCUUAUCGUGAUUAUACAUUUGCCGCAUAUGGAAAUGAUAUUGCAGUUUUUAAGCGUGCUCAUCAGAUUGCUACGUGGAGCAGGCAUAGUGUUAAGGUCAACCAGUUGCUUUUGUUUGGAGAACACAUUCUUAGUGUUGACGUUGAAGGCAACAUAUUUACUUGGGCUUUUAAAGGAAUUGAUCAGAAUCUUGCUCCAGUUGGGCAUAUCUUGCUAGAUAACAAGUUUACUCCUACUUGUAUAAUGCAUCCUGAUACUUACUUAAACAAGGUACUUAUUGGGAGCCAAGAGGGCGCACUUCAACUCUGGAAUAUCAGCACAAAGAAAAAGCUUUUUGAGUUCAAAGGCUGGUAUUCUUCUAUUUGCUGUUGUGUAUCCUCUCCGGCACUGGAUGUUGUUGCAGUUGGCUGCUCUGAUGGAAAGAUUCAUGUUCACAACAUUCGUUAUGACCAAGAAAUCGUUAGUUUUACGCAUUCUACUCGAGGCGCUGUUACUGCAUUAUCUUUCAGCACCGACGGACAACCACUAUUAGCAUCUGGAGGAUCUUCUGGUGUUAUAAGCGUAUGGAAUCUUGAGAAAAAAAGGAUUCAUUCUGUAAUUAAAGAAGCUCAUGAUUCCUCCAUCAUAUCAUUGCAUUUCUUUGCUAAUGAGCCUGUCCUAUUGAGUGCAUCUGUAGAUAACUCUAUAAAAAUGUGGAUUUUCAACACAACUGAUGGAGAUCCUCGCUUGCUACGUUAUCGAUGUGGACACAGUGCUCCUCCUCUUUGUAUCAGGUUUUACGCUAAUGGGAGGCAUAUACUUUCUGCUGGUCAGGACCGAGCCUUUCGUCUUUUCUCCAUCAUCCAGGAUCAGCAGAGUAGAGAGCUAUCGCAACGUCAUGUAUCAAAAAGAGCUAAAAAGCUCAAGCUGAAGGAACAAGAAGUAAAACUGAAGCCUGUUGUUGCAUUCGAUGCUGCUGAAAUUAGGGAGCGGGAUUGGUGCAAUGUAGUUACAUGCCAUUCGGAUACUGCACAGGCAUAUGUAUGGAGACUUCAAAACUUUGUGAUCGGAGAGCACAUAUUAACACCAUGUCCUGAGAAUCAAACCCCAGUAAAGGCUUGUGCUAUUAGUGCAUGCGGAAAUUUUGCCGUUUUAGGUACAGCAGCUGGUUGGAUUGAGCGUUUCAACCUUCAGUCAGGGAUAAGCCGAGGUAGCUACCUGGACAUGUUAGAUGGAGGAAGUUCUGCUCACAGUGGAGAAGUUGUUGGAAUAGCAUGUGAUUCAACUAACACUCUUAUGAUCAGUGCUGGACAAAAUGGGGACAUUAAGGUUUGGAAUUUUAAGUACCGUGAUUUGAAAUCCAGGUGGGAAAUUGGCAGCUCUGUUGUCAAGAUUGUUUACCACCGUUGUAACGGUCUUUUGGCCACUGCCACAGAUGAUCUAGUUAUCCGUUUGUAUGAUGUCGUGGCACUUAGAAUGGUUCGUAAGUUUGAAGGCCAUGCAGAUCGAAUAACAGACAUGUGUUUCAGUGAGGAUGGAAAGUGGCUUUUGUCAUCCAGCAUGGAUGGAACCCUUAGAAUUUGGGAUGUCAUAUUGGCAAGACAAAUUGAUGCUGUACAAGUCGAUGUUUGUAUUACUGCAUUGUCGCUGUCACCCAAUAUGGAUGUUUUGGCUACAGCUCAUGUUGAUCAAAAUGGUGUCUACUUGUGGAUUAACCAGGCCAUGUUUUCUGGAGAUUCUGUUAUGCAUUCUUAUGGCAGUGGAAAGGAGAUUGUGAAUGUCAAACUACCCUCUGUGUCUGCGUCUGAAGGGUCAGAAGAUGCGACUUCCGACCAUCCUUCUGGUAAGAACCUGCAGAUUCAGGGUGUGUCUUGGGCCCCUCAUUUGGAUGCACAGAUCCCAGACCUAGUAACACUUUCGCUAUUGCCUAAAAGCCAGUGGCAAAGCCUUGUAAAUCUGGACAUUAUAAAGGAGCGGAAUAAACCAAUUGAUCCCCCAAAGAAACCUGAAAAGGCGCCUUUCUUUUUGCCCACAAUUCCAUCUCUCUCCAGAGAGAUAGUAUUCAAAAAUAGUGACACUGGAGAUGAACACAAGGGUUCACAAGCCGAUGAAACAAACAAAAGCAGGGUGUAUCACGAUUUACCAGCAUCCGAGUUCUUGCAGCUUCUUCAUUCCUCAGCAGAGAUGAAAACUUUUUCUACGUUUACUGAUUAUAUCAAAGGGCUAUCUUCUUCAACAUUGGAUGUAGAACUUAGAAUGCUCCAGAUUAUAGAAGGUGAUGAUGACGACGACGGCGACGACAAGCAAGAACCUACAAAGAAACCGGAGUUGCAUUCCAUUGAACUUCUGUUGGAUUAUUUCAUUCACGAGCUCUCAUGCAGAAACAAUUUCGAAUUCAUUCAAGCUGUUAUACGUUUAUUUCUGAAGAUUCAUGGGGAGUCGAUUCGAAGGCAGUCAAAUUUACAGGACAAGGCUAAAAAGCUUCUAGAACUUCAGUCAACAGUAUGGCAAUCAGUAGAUAAGUUAUUUCAGAGUGCUAGGUGCAUGGUUACAUUCCUAAGUAAUUCACAAUUCUGAACGGUUUUGAGUUAGUUGCACUAGUGUUUGUUACACAGUUUUGUUUCCUUGCCUGUUUGUAUCAAUUGUGGUAUCAAUAAUAUUUAAAUUCCAUUCUAUUGUUAGUCUAUCUAGUAGUUUUGAUCGUCCAAGCUUUUCCCAGAAAGUUGAUUUUGUCAGCACUUGUAACCCCUGAAUUUAUCAAGUGAAUGUAAGGUUUUUAAGUUUUACAGGGUUUA